AUGCCUCGGCGCCAAGAGGCCUAUGUGGCCUAUGACGGCAUCACCCCCGCGCUGGUGACCCCUGAGGAACUGGCAGAGUGGGCUCAGAAGGCAGAAAGGGAGGGCAUCGAAGAGGCUGGAAGAAUCGUGUCGGUCUCCCACGCAUGGGAAAGCCGCGAGCAUCCAGAUCCAUAUAACUAUCAGUUGCAGCUCCUGGCCCGCCACUUGAAGGAUACCGACUGGGUAUUCUAUGACUUUCUGUCCUUGUAUCAGUACUUCCGAAACGAGGAAGAUCAGGAAAUCAGCUUCCGGCGAGGCAUGCAAAAUAUGCAUUUGUUGUACGCGCAUGAGAGCUCGACCACAGCGCGCAUCCAAGAACUCACACCCGAAGACGAAAAGAGCCGGAAGAGUGACCCAGACACCAUCCCUGUGUUCAGUGCCAGGCUGGGAAGGGUUGUGGCGGUGCCCAUCGGGGAACUCACGCAUAACGCCACGCCAUAUCACUGCAGGGGGUGGUGCGUGGUGGAGCGCGAGUGGUCCGCGACCCGAAGCACGUCCAACGCUUCAGCCCGCCUCACAGAGGCAGGCUGGGCCCAACAGGAGGGCAGCCAAGCCCCGACGCCGCCGAACAUGUUCCGCGAUCGUAUCACCAAGACUGGUGACGAUGGGUUAAAAUUCACCCAUCGCGCAGAUGUGGCGCCGGUGCUUGCACUGCAACAAAAAGUUUUUGAGGAUAAAGCAGGAAGCCACAAGACACUCACGAUGGACCAGCUGAGCCGGGAGCAGUUCCAGAUCCUCGUGGAGGCACUAUGUCACUAUCCCAAGCUGGAGCGCCUGGAGCUUAAGAAAUGCGAGAUCGAAGCUGCUGCGUUCUGUGAGGCCGUCAAAGCUUCGCGGGCGAUCACCACAGUUCAGCUCGAGAACAUCAACGCCUCUGAAGCUGCGGAAACCGUGAAGGGCUUGAUGCGCUUGGAGAAGCUGCGCUUCAUCGCUGCGAACGCGUGCGGCCUGGGGGAUGCUGAAGCUGCAGUCCUUGCCGAGGAGUUGAAGAGAUCGGAGCGUGGAAAGCUGGAGCUGCACCUCAACCACAACAGCUUUGGCAAGAAAGGACUGUUAGACCUUGCAGAGGCAAUAGGCUCCGUGAAAGAUCUGACCUGCCGCGUAGUGGGCAAGCCCAUUGACGCAACCAAACUGGAUCCGGAGAGCGACGCCCUGCUGAUCCAGGCUUUUGGUGUUGAUGCGUCGCUUUGGCUGGAUGCAAACAUCCAGAAAGCGAUCGGGGCAGCAGCGACAGAAGCAAUCGCCCAGGCAUGCUUUCUGGGCAAGUUGGAGUUGGAGUUGGAGUUGGCGCCAUACUCCCUAGGUCCGGAUGGCGCCCGCAACCUGGCGGACGGGCUCCAAGGCCUGGUGCAGCUGCAGCAGCUGACGCUGAAUGUGGAGCGCAACGGGAUCGGUUCGGAUGGCGCCCGGGGCCUGGCAGACGGGCUCCAAGGCCUGGCACAGCUGCAGCAGCUGACGCUGAAUCUGAAUUGGAACGGCAUCGGUUCGGAUGGCGCCCGGGGCCUGGCAGACGGGCUCCAAGGCCUGGUGCAGCUGCAGCAGCUGACGCUGAAUCUGAGAAAGAACGAGAUCGGUUUGGACGUCGCCCGGGGCCUGGCAGACGGGCUCCAAGGCUUGGUGCAGCUGCAGCAGCUGACGCUGAUUCUGCACGAAAAUAAGAUCGGUUCGGAUGGCGCCCAGAGACGCGGGUUUCAAGGCCUGGCGCAGCUGCUGGGUCUGCAGGGCAACAAAAUCGGUCCGGAUGGCGCCCGGGGCCUGGCGGAGGGCCUCCGCGGCCUGGUGCAGCUCCAGCAGCUGACGCUGAGUCUGGGGGGCAACAACAUCGGUCCGGAUGUCGCCCGGGGCCUGGCAGACGGGCUCCAAGGCCUGGCACAGCUGCAGCAGCUGACGCUGAAUCUGGAAUGGAACAGGAUCGGUCCGGAUGGCGCCCGGGGCCUGGCGGACGGGCUCCAAGGCUUGGUGCAGCUGCAGCGGCUGACGCUGGAUCUGAGCGGGAACGACAUCGGUCCGGAUGGCGCCCGCAACCUGGCGGACGGGCUCCAAGGCCUGGCGCAGCUGCAGCAGCUGACGCUGGAUCUGAGACUGAACAAGAUCGGCCGGGAAGCCCAGGCGGGGCAGGCGCCGGG